AAUAUAAUUAAAUUUCUUAUUUCAUACACUUUUUGAUAUAAUAGUAAAGCAAAUGCCAAAUGUUUGGACGACGAGUCGAAUUUAGUUUCAAAUGAAUACAACUUUCAGAGAAGCAAUCGAUUGCCGGGAGAACAAUAUCCGCCUAAUAAACAGUGUCAGUUAGCACUGGGAUCACAAUAUAAGGCCUACACCUCAUCUAAGGAGCCAUUCAAUGAUGUAUGUCGUGAGUUGUGGUGCUUAUCUGGUUCGUGGGCAACACCAGCACAUCCAGCACUGGAAGGCAGUAUGUGUGCGGACGGCAAGAAAUGCAUUCAAGGCAUCUGUCAGAGCGCCUCCUCAUAUGUGGCCAGACGUUCAAUAGAGAACAGAGACUCUAAUCGACUCAUGAGGUAUGAGGCCACAGACAAUGAGUCCAACCGAAUGGCACAGACCUCAGCACCAAAUGAUAAGAAACGCUCAAAAGGGUUCCCAAGAAUAUUCAUGGAUAGCAUCAAAGGAUUCCUUCGCUCCGCAACUAAUGGCGCCCAAGACUUCUUCAAACUCUUUACCGGAUGAGCCAUUCAUCAGAGUUAUAGAGAUUUGAAUUAUUAUUAACCAAUUUAUACUAAGAGAG